AGCCGGCGCACAUGCCCCCCCCGCAGCCAGUCACUAACUCGCCUGGGCUGGGCGCCGCCGCCCCGUCCCGCCACCACAGGCAGCCGGGCUAAUCCGGGAGGAGAAAUCUGGGCGCCUCCCCCGUCACCUCUGCACGUGUCCGGGCUGGGGGCUUCCUCUGCGGGGCUGGGAGCAGCCCCCGGGCCCGGCUCCGCCGGCAGCAGCUCCGGGCCGGAGACCCAGGCUGCAGAAUAACAUCCACAUUUUGCUCGGGAUCGUCCCAUCCUCCUAGGGGAAAGGAAAUGGCGUCAGUGGAGCCUCCUCAGGGGGCGGUGACCUUCGAGGAGCUGGCUGUGUACUUCACGGAGGGGGAAUGGGCUCUGCUAAACCCUGCUCAGAGAACCCUCUACAGGGAGGUGACGCAGGAGAACUAUGCCACUGUGGCCUCACUGGUAGGGUUUCCAGUUUCUAAACCUGAUGUGAUCUCUCAGCUGGAACGUGGGGAAGAGCCAUGGGUCCCAGAUCUCCAGGGCUCUGAGGAAAGGGAGCUCCAGAAAGGUGCUCAGAUAGGUGAGGCAUCCAUUAAACCAACUCAGAAACUGGAACCACGCAGGACAUUAGCAGGAAGAUGCAAAGAGAAAGUUUCUGGGCACUGUGGAGAGGCAAAAGCCUGUCAGAAUCAGCAUAGGCCAGAGAAAAGCUUCAGUAGUGGCUCAGACCUUAUUCAACAUGAAAGAAUUAAUAUGGGAAAGAGACUUUACACGUGCUCUGAGUGUGGGAAAAGCUUUAGUCAGAGCUCAACCCUCAUCACACAUUACAGAAUUCACACUGGAGAGAGGCCGUACACAUGCCAUGAAUGUGGGAAAAGCUUCAGUCACGGCUCAGCCCUUAUCACACAUCAGAGAAUCCACACUGGAGAGAUGCCUUACACGUGCCCUGAAUGUGGAAAAAGCUUCAAUCACAGUUCAAAUCUCACCACACAUCGGAGAAUCCACACAGGAGAGACACUCUACACAUGCUCUGAGUGUGGGAGAAAUUUCUGUCGGCGUUCAGCCCUUAUCACACAUCAGAGAAUCCACACAGGUUGGACACCCUACUCGUGUACUGAGUGCAAGAAAACCUUCGGUGAGAGUUCAGACCUUAUUAGGCAUUGCAUAAUCCACACAGGAGAGAAACCCUACACCUGCUCUGAGUGUGGGAAAAGCUUCAACCAGAGCUCAAACCUGAUCACACAUUUGAGAAUCCACACAGGAGAGAAGCCCUACACAUGCUCUGAGUGUGGGAAAAGCUUCUGUCGAAGCUCAAACCUCAUCACACAUCAGAGAAUCCAUGUAGGGAAGACACUCUGCUCAUGCUCCGAGUGUGGGAAAAGCUUCAGUUGGAGCUCAGCCCUUAUUAGUCAUCAACGAAUCCACAGAGGAGUGACAAACUACACCUGCCCUGAGUGUGGGAAAAGCUUCAACCGGAGCUCACAGCUCAUCACACAUCGGAGAAUCCACACAGGAGAGAAGCCCUACACAUGCUCUGAGUGUGGGAAAAGCUUCAGUCGGAACUCAAACCUGAUCACACAUCAGAGAGUCCACACUGGAGAGACACCUUACACAUGCUCUGAGUGUGGGAAAAGCUUCAGUCGGAACUCAAGCCUGAUCACACAUCAGAGAGUCCACACUGGAGAGACACCUUACACAUGCUCUGAGUGUGGGAAAAGCUUCAGUCGGAACUCAAGCCUGAUCACACAUCAGAGAGUCCACACUGGAGAGACACCUUACACAUGCUCUGAGUGUGGGAAAAGCUUCAGUCGGAACUCAAACCUGAUCACACAUCAGAGACUCCACACAGGAGAGAGACCCUUCACGUGCCCUGAGUGUGGGAAAAGCUUUAGUCAGAGCACAACCCUCAUCACACAUUACAGAGUUCACACUGGAGAGAGGCCGUACACAUGCCCUGAACGUAGGAAAAGCUUCAGUCACGGCUCAGCUCUUAUCACACAUCAGAGAAUCCACACUGGAGAGAUGCCUUACACGUGCCCUGAAUGUGGAAAAAGCUUCAAUCACAGUUCAACUCUCAUCAAACAUCGGAGAAUCCACACAGGAGAGACACUCUACACAUGCUCUGAGUGUGGGAAAAGCUUCAGUCGGAACUCAAACCUGAUCACACAUCAGAGAGUCCACACUGGAGAGACACCUUACACAUGCUCUGAGUGUGGGAAAAGCUUCAGUCGGAACUCAAACCUGAUCACACAUCAGAGACUCCACACAGGAGAGAGACCCUUCACGUGCCCUGAGUGUGGGAAGAGUUUUAGUCAGAGCUCAACUUUUAUCAAACAUAAGAGAAUCCAUAUAGGCAAGUAAUGCCAUAAAUGCCUUGACCAGGGCUGGCAUUCAGUGUGGUGUCUCAGUUCCUUGUGUGCUGCCUGCCUCUAUUUUGCACCUCCCCUUUCUUUGGGGGUGAUUUUCAUGAUCCUUUAUAUCAAGUCCUUUGUCUUUGGGAGUGUCCUGCUCCUGCCAGAAAUAUCCAUCAGCGCCAGCUGAGGGUGAUAGGGUUGACCUUGAUUAGCUGCACUGAGGUAAGUUACCUGUGCCUUGUCUCCACUGGGAUUGUAUGUGGAGGUAACUGCUCAGCGUAGCAAUCUUCUUGUAACAACAAAAGUACAUUUGCAGUGCAGACAUAACCUGGAUACAGUGGCUGGGUUAGUUUUCCCCUUCACCUGAGCUCAGCUCCAUAAUUUUUCCUAGUGUAGACAAACCCCGAGGAUCACGUUGAUACCAUUUCCACAUUACAAUGUGAUUGUUAUCACUGUGUUCCCCAUUGGGGACAGAUUGUCUCAAUCCUUGUUGUUCUCACCUGGCUCAGGGCUGUGCUGGACAGAAGUAUUUUUUCUACCAUUUUCCUCAAUUAAAAUAGAUUGAAAUAGAACAAAGAGCAGGAGAGGGCUGAAAUGUAUCAUUUCAGCCUCUGUGAUACCUAAAGGAGAUAGGGUGCGUCAAAGGGAUUCCCUCCUUCCCCAUCACUGUGACACUCCCCCCUCGCCCCAGCAGCAAUAGCUUCUGUGUAAGGCACAAUAGUGUUUAUUCUCCUUAUGUUCUACCCCUGCACCUCCCAAUGUGUCACGUGAUGCCAUGUUCUGUGUGCUCCCUGUUCUUAGGUGUCACAAUUUGAUCCUAAAUCAGACUCACUGGGGCUAGAAAUGAAAGUGUCAUAGACCUGGAUGGGGGAUUUGAAUGGAUCCCAAACACAGAGUAACCAUUCUGUGCUUUCAUCUCUGUUUCCAUCUAUUGGCAAAGUUGCUUCUGGGCUUUUUCCUGCUGAGCUGGGAUUGUUUGCAGAUGGGAAAGUUUUCUGCAUUUCCCUCUUGUGAUGAAGCUUAAAUCUUUUGUACAUAACAUGACAAUACUAAUGAGGUGGCACAGAGUGAAGAAAGCUUGAAUGGACCAGAGGAGAACACAAUGAGAGAAUCUGUUUUGAUUUAUCAGAUAUAACCUGCUCUGGAAAUUCAUUUUAUAUGAAACUGAAGAUGUUUUAAAACCCUCUGUGUUGUGAGUUUUUCUCUUUCCUGAAGAUGGUUUGGUCUCACAAUUAGAUAUUACCUUUGUUUGACAGAAUUUACCUCUGGUUUACUGAGGAUUUUGAGACAAAUGACCAUUUGGUACAACAAAAUUUCUUUUAUUUGUGGCUGCUCCUCACCCCUCCGCGAUGACAGGCAGGAAGUUCUAGUGCAGUUCAGUUACUGGGACAGAAUGCUCUAAGUUACUGGGCACGGUACCAAGGAAACAGUAGUGUUUUAAAAUUUCUACUCUGCAGUGAUGAACAACAGCAUACCACAAAUUGUGCAACUAACUGAAGUAACUGGACACAAGCACACUUGUUGUGGGUGGAAUAUAAAUGUAUAACAAGAGAUGUCCAAUAGCUAGGCUUAAUCAAUUUAUUAAUUAAGGAUUAUUAGUCAAAGAUUAAUACAUCAUAAUACAGAAAGGAAGAGUGCCUAGGUUACCAAUCCCUCUGGAAGACAGGAUUGCAGAGCUCACACUGUCUCAAAGAUCCUGUGCUUAUCCCUCCUCUAAUUGUAUCUAACUGAGGGGGAGUUUCACAAUUUUCCCCAUAUCACUUUAUCUGAUACAUCUUUCUUCUCUGUUUUCUGUGACAUGUUUUUCAUAGACAAUGAUUGUUACACUUUCUGUGUGAGGGAUAUGUUGUAAUUUUCAACAUGGCGUAUAUUUUACAUUUUGACAAUUACACACUGAGCAAAAAUGGAGAGGCAUGUACUCAAGACAAGAAUUAUAAUUUGAAUAUUCCAAGUGUAGCAUUCUCUCUUUUCCUGAUAUAUUUAUGCCUACUCCUGAAAUGAAAAUACUUCGGCUAUCUCGUUGUUUAACGUAGAUGAAAAAGCAUUUUGGAAGAUCUUAACAUGAGGACAAUUCAAGAAAAAUAUGUGAUAUUAUAUAUAAUGUUAGCAGUGUAUAUACUAUUAAUAUUGGCGAACACUCUAGAAGUUACAGACUUUCUCUCUCCUAAUUCCAACUAUAUUGUAGUAGCCAGGGAUAGCACAACACCAAGAAGCUAUUGUAUUUAAGUGUAUCUUACAGGCUUCUUGUACCUUAGUUUUUGCUAAGCUUGUAUUCUCCAGCACAGAUACUAACGAGGAGUUUUUACAGAGGUCACAGCAUCUACUGUAUGGUAAUACAUAGGGACCUACCAAACUCAUGGCCAUGAAAAAUAUGUCACAACCAGUGAAAUCUGGGUUUUGCCCAUGAAACAGUCUUUUGUUUGCUUUUACCCUGUACGAUACAGAUUUCACAGCAGGGACCAGUGUUUCUCAAACUGGAGGCCC